AGUCGACAGAUAUUUAAUCGGUACUCGAAACCGAUAGACAAGUGGGUAGGUACAAUAAAAACAUACUUCAAAUAAUAACUACUAAUUGUUAUGAUAACCAGAAAUCAACAAAAAAAUAAUCGGGUCUUGAACCCGAUAGGAUAGUGGGUAGGUAGAAUAAAUACAGAUUCAUAAUAUCCUAAUUAACUGUAUGCUAAUUAUUGAUAUACAUGCAUUUUUUACACAGUUUUUCACAGUUUUAGGACUGACGUUUGACGUCUAUAUCGGUGAAGAUCUACUGUUGUACUUUUAGUUAUAAAUAAUUCGUAAACACCAGUAUCUGCCGGAAAAAAUAUUUUAUUGUGUUCGUAGUGAGAAAUACAGUGACUUACAUUGAAUAUAUUAACAAUAGCAGUGUCUAAGUAAUACAAUUAAACAAAAUAGUACUCUCAGUGACUCAGCGUAAUUACUGGUUACCCUCAAUUUUUCAUAAAGUGAAUGAACUAUUAACGCUUGUUUGUGCUCCUACUGAUAUUCUCGCAAUCAUCAGUUGACAGGCCCACAUUGACUUAUGACACAUUGGUGACAGCGGAGGGAUAUUCUCGACGUUAUCUGUCAAAGUCUGAUAUCGAGUCAGCCGCGCCAUCUAGCGACCCAACGCUGAAACACAUAAAUUUUUACCUCUGCUUACCAUUAUGCCAGGUGUCAAGUGUGGAGGUUGCGGUCGCUUUACAUCGACGCUAGAGAGCGCUAAGUGCGGUAAAUGCCAUGCGCAAUAUCACCGAGUUUGCGUGGGCGUUGCUCCCAAAGCAGUUGUUACCGCAAGCUGACGCUGCCCAGAAUGCAAAAAACACCUAGCCAGGGACAACAGGACUGAAACCCCUGUAAGAGGUGCUGCGGGAAGUCCACUUACUGUAAGCCCUGUAGGGCAAACCAGUGAGGAGACUAGCACGCCCAACACCACGUCCAGCCGCUCCGAUCUUGCUCCUAUUUUCAACGAGCAACAAUCGCCAUCUCCUACUCCUUCUAUGCCAUUAGAUAAGGUUUCUGUCGACGACAUCACGGCACGGGAGAUGUCCCUAAUUGCUGGCUCCAACAUGAGCCUUCUCUUCGAGGAACUGAGGGCGAUGCGUGCGGAAAUCCAGGAGUUUCGCAAGGAUAUGGAGGUUGAAAUGAUGGAGAUAAAAACCUCUAUGCGCAACUGUAACGCGCGCAUUGAUGGCCUAGAAGCCAGAAUCAGCGCGUUAGAGCAGAAGGCUUCUUCGGGUGGCUCAUCGUCCGACGGGAUCGUGGAUGAGUUACGGCGGGAGUUAAAUGACAGGGAUCAGGAGCUUUUAGCGAAUGAUCUCGAGAUUUCUAACAUACCGGAGGCAGCGGCUGACAACCCAACACACAUCGCCGCGAUCAUAGGACUCAAGUUGGGGGUGAGUUUGGAUGAACGCGAUAUUGUUAGCGCGGAACGGGUCGGCGGGAAACAGCUCAACGCUACCAACUCUGCGGGUCCAACAGAAGCUCGGCCGCGCCCCAUUGUUGUGCGCCUGGCGCGCCGCGACCUGCGCGACCAGCUGCUGGCGAGCGCGCGCGUGCGCCGUGGAGCGACGACGGCCGACUUGGAUUUGCCCGGUCCGCCCCAGCGCUUCUUCCUAAAUGAGCGCCUCACCAAAACAAAUCGCAGGUUGUUUCGGAAGGCGCGAGAUGCAGCUAGCCUCUUCAGCUGGAGAUUUGUGUGGACCAAGCGGGGCCGCAUCCUUGCUAGGAAGAGUCCAGGUGAUACCACGCAGAGAAUCCGCACUGACGAGGACAUUUCGAGGAUAUUCGGACCUAUUAAUGAAACAAUGUGAUAUCUCAUUACUUUUAUAUUUGUUAUUUUUUAAGUCUGCAUUUUGUAUUGCUAAAUCGGAAAAUAUGCGUUCUGACAACAGUUUGUUUAGGGCGUCUGGUAACACUCAACUGACACUAUUUUGCUUACUACUUCUACAUAAUAAUACACUGUAUAAACUUUCCAUCAUAACUUUUUCCUUCCUUGAUAUUGCACAAAAAAUAUAUACAAACAAGCCAACUAUCACUACUUUACUAUAUUACAAUCACAGUACAUUUUUACACAAACAAUUAUAUACACGGCAUAAAACAUUACACAUACUACACAAAUAUUUACUUUACUAUAUACAAAUAAGCCAAUUACUACUACUCUAUUAUAUUAUAUUCACAGUACAUUUACACAAUCAAUUAUAUACACGGCAUAUGACAAUAAACAUACUCCACAAAUAUUUACUAUACUAUAUACAGCACAAAUGACUCCAAGUAAAUGUGUUAAGUUAGGUCUACUGAAUGCAGGCUCUCUAGGAACUAACCAUGGAUUUUUGAUAGCAAUGGCCAAUUACUCAGUGGAUUUAAUGGCCAUCAACGAGACUUGGUUGCGUAAGGGUGAAGAGGACCGCGCGCCUAGUGUGCCUGGGUACAAGCUCAAGCAUAUUCCGCGACCUACAUCUGUGCGUGGGGGGCGUGGCGGGGGGGGUCGCAUUUUAUAUUAAGGAUGGAAUUAAAGCGCGUGUCAGAGCACAUCCUGUACAACCCAAUGUAGAACAGCUCUGGUUAUCUCUCAACGUGAACAGGAAUAAAAUA